GCGUAGGGCCCGUGGGGGUGGGGCCAGGCGAGGGGAGGUGCGGGAGGCGGAAGCGGCCGGCUGGCUGCGCCCGGCGCGCUUCGCCUACUUUCGGGUGGGCUCCUCCUCUGGCCCGGCGACCUCCCGGCCUGGCAGCCUAGAGAGGUCCAUCUCGAUCCGGAGCUCAACUUUCAAAAGAAGACUCCCCGCACGACUCUUUCGGGGAGUUCUUCAGCCCCUCACCUCCAUGGGCCAGACGGCCCUGGCGGGGGGCGGCAGCACCCCCACCUCACAGGCCCCGUACCCUGACCUCUCUUGUCCUGAGGGCUUGGACGAGCUGCUCUCUGCGCCCCAUCCUGACCUGGGUGCCCAGCGGCGCCACGGCUGGAACCCCAAGGACUGCUCAGAGAACAUCGUGGUCAAGGAGGGGGGGUUGUGCUUUGAGCGGCGGCCCGUGGCCCAGAGUACUGAUGGGGCCCGGGGCAAGACAGGCUACUCGAGGGGCCUGCACGCCUGGGAGAUCAGCUGGCCCCCUGAGCAGAGGGGCACCCACGCCGUGGUGGGCGUGGCCACGGCCCUAGCUCCGCUGCAGGCUGACCACUAUUCGGCGCUGCUGGGCAGCAACAGCGAGUCGUGGGGCUGGGACAUUGGGCGUGGGAAGCUGUACCAUCACAGCAAGGGGUCCGGGGCCCCCCAGUAUCCAGCCGGACCUCAGGGUGAGCAGCUGGAGGUGCCAGAGAGGCUGCUGGUGGUUCUGGAUAUGGAGGAGGGAACUUUGGGCUACGCUAUUGGGGGCAACUACCUGGGGCCAGCCUUCCAUGGACUGAAGGGCAGGACCCUCUAUCCGGCAGUAAGCGCUGUCUGGGGCCAGUGCCAGGUCCGCAUCAGCUACCUGGGCGAGAGGAGAGCGGAGCCACACUCCCUUCUGCACCUCAGCCGACUGUGUGUCCGCCAUGUCCUGGGGAAUACCCGGCUCCGCCAGGUAUCUGCUCUGCCCUUGCCCCCUGCCGUGAAGCGCUACCUGCUCUACCAGUGACCCUGUGGUACCACAGCAUGUGCUGGCGCCUUGCCACCACCCCUCCGCUGGUCGGGCGGGAGGAGGCACUGCUGGCCUAGACCAGCUACUUAAAGCUGGUGAGGCAGAGCUGGGCCCUUACCCCAGCCCGAGCUCUGGGGAGCUCAACAGCCGCAAAGCCACCUGGAGGGGUGGAAAGGAGCUGUAACUCAAGGUUGUGGCAGCCUGGCAGGCAAGAUGUUUUUUCAAGUAAAAAUGGUAAGAGAUG